AUGCGACAAGGAGGCCAAGGAGACGAGGAUCAACCGGAUUAUUACUCCGUUCGCAUGGGAACACUGAAUCAGAACAGCGGCGGAAUAACGAGAUACAUAACUCGGAUCAUAAAACACGAGGCAUACAGCGAGAGCGACAUCUACAAUGACGUUGCAGUCCUCGAGCUUAAUGAGCCAGUGGUGUUCACCAACAACGUUCAGCCCAUCACCUUGGCUAGCAACGAUGCCGAUAAGUACGUGGACUGGCCGUCUACUACAUCUGGAUUCGGAGUCACUAGCUAUAAUGGACCCACAUCCCCCGUCCUCUUGAAGGCUGAUCAGGUGAUCGUCUCUGGGGAGGCCUGCCAAGCCUAUUACGGAUCCUUUGUCCAGCCAGCGGGAAUGAUCUGCUCCGGACAGGGAAAGGAGACAACAUGCAGUGGUGACAGCGGCGGACCACUUUGGGUGACCGAGAACGAUCAGCCAACCCUGGUGGGAGUCCCAUCCUGGUCGGUCCGUGGCUGCCAGGCUACCGGCUUUCCUGCGGUAUACGCCCUCGUUACCUACUACUACAAAUCGAUCAUGGAUGCCGUCGCCACGCUGUCACCUUAAGUCUUAAGUCGUUAACACUUUGUCGCGUCUGACGUCAUCGGCGCUUGACGGUGACCCCACUGUUUCGGUAUCAUGCAUGUAUUGGAUUCUAAUUCAAUGAAGUAAGAAGCAAUGAUUAAAAUACAAUGGUUCAU